UGGGAGCUGCUCCUUAGAACAGGACAGUCAGUGUGGGUACAGCAGACUGCAGAGCAUCCUCCACUCAUACAACCAGGAGCUGGCAGGACAGUGGGUACAGACACUUACAGACUGCAGAGCAUCCUCCACUCACAUAACCAGGAGCUGGCAGGACAGUGGGUACAGACACUUACAGACUGCAGAACAUCUUCCACUCACAUAACCAGGAGCUGGCAGGACAGUGGGUACAGCAGGCACUUACAGACUGCAGAGCAGUGGCAGACACUUGCAGAGCAGCCUCCUCUCCACUCUCUCUGCAGCCAGGGGUAUCUGUGGCGCUGCACUUUCCAUCUCUUCUUCCCCCUGUUCCAGUGUGUUUGUACUAUUUCCUGGAAAACAUGCGUCUGAUCCAGAAUAUGUGCACUAUAUCUGAAUGCCCAACUGGCACCGACUCUGCAGGCACAAGCAAUGGCACUGGCAGCAGCAGGGUCAUAAAGAUCGCUGUGGUUGGAGGCAGUGGCGUAGGCAAGACAGCGCUGGUGGUCAGAUUUCUCACCAAACGAUUUAUUGGCGACUAUGAAAGGAAUGCAGGAAACUUGUACAGCAGACAAGUCCAAAUAGAUGGAAUGAAUCUCGCCAUCCAAGUGCAGGACACUCCAGGUGUACAGAUACAGGAACAGAGUCUGGAGUGCAAUGAGCAACUUAACAGAUCUAUCAGAUGGGCAGAUGCUGUGGUCAUCGUCUUCUCCAUCACAGACUGUAAGAGCUAUGAGCUUAUUAACCACCUCCACCAGCACGUGCGCCACCUACAUCCUGACAACCGAGUUCCUGUUGUUAUUGUGGCCAAUAAAGCCGACCUCUUACACCUCAAGCAGGUAGAGCCGCAGCAUGGACUUCAGCUGGCCAAUAUGUUGGGCUGCACUUUCUACGAAGUGAGUGUCAGCGAGAACUAUAUUGAUGUGUACAACGCGUUUCAGAUACUAUGUAAGGAAAUCAGCAAGCACCAGACGGCAAGCACACCCGAAAAGAGGAAAAACUCUCUCAUCCCACGGCCAAAGUCUCCGAACAUGCAGGACCUGAAAAGACGAUUUAAGCAGGUCCUGUCCGCCAAAGUGAGGACUGCUACAUCUGUUUGAGUUUGAGGAACGUUCUUGAUAGCUGUUCUUUUUGGUCUUCCUAACAGGAGAGUUUCAGAGGUUGCUGACCUGGAUUAACUUUGACAUUACUGGCUCAGGGGCAGCACAGGAAUGAGAGGAGAGGUUUUGAGGAAUCGUGUUGUGCGAUAAAGAGGAGUAAUGUUGGAUGAUGGUGUAAGUGACAAAGAAACGUCACAGAUAGGGCUUCAGAAAAGUGAUCAGUGGCACUGGCUUGGUCACACGAAAUACCAGAGAAAAGUCAUGGACAAUAUGUGGACUCAUACAUGGGAUUCACAAUGUUACUGUUGUGUUAAGACUUGGUAUAAAUGUGGAAAUUAUUUCUGAAGUAGCAAAACAUCCCCAUGUGUUUAUUACAUUUUUGCCACAGUGUAAAUCUUACCUUAUAACUGUAUUUCUAUACCCAACAAAGUGCUGUUUAUCAAUAGACGGAUGUCGCAAUGUUCCUCUGUGUGUGUGCACAGACACUCAGUGAUAAUAUUGGAGAUGAUAGUUGUGGAUGUGGCUCAUAAUAUGCCUCAUAGAACCUUAGAGUCGUCAGCCCAGUCUAUCAUAAAGCAUUGUGUAAAUGUGCUUUGUAUCUGCACUUUUCUUCCCUGUGGUAAACUUAAUAAUGUUUUAUGGGCUUAGCCCUGCAGACACUAAGGGGCGCUGUUUUCAUGUAUGAUUUCACUACAAGAGACACACAGCUGAUGGGCAAGUGUCCAUGUCUCUAUUACUUUAAGCCAAUGAAGAUCCAAAUAAAGGCUAAUAUUUUUUAUGAAUUGCACUUUAAAAGCCACUUGCGCUUUUGCUUUGUAAAUUGUAACUUAUUUAUUUUUGUGUACAAUAAAAUGCCUACGGGGCUAACUUUUUAAGCAAA